UUAAUAUUAAAAAAUCGACAUUAAACAAUAUUUUUUAUAUAAAAUGCCCUUUUGCCAAAGUUAAAAUACACACAUAUACUACUAGUGAAAAGUUUGGGAUAAUUGAAAUUUUAAAAGAAGAAGCUUUUAUUUGGUGAAAUAAUAAAUACAGUGUAUAGUAAUUAAAUAGCUGGAUAUAUUUAAAAACAUGUUAAAUGUCUGUACGUUUUAUGUUUGGAAAAUGCUUUAGCCCUGUUUAUAGUAUAGGCCUAUAUUAUUAUGUGCGAUGCUAUAAUGCCUGCUGUAGCAUAUUUUUUGUGUGAGUGAUUGAGUGCUAUGAAAACAUGCUAUGCUUUGAAAAUGAAAUUGCAAACUGCAUCGUCAAGCUUUGGUUGAAAGGUAUACUUUUGCAUUUUCAUGCUUUUCUGGUUAAGUCAAUCAGGGAAUGGUGCUUAUAUAAAAAGCCCUUGAUCCGGUCCCUUUACAUCUGUGGUUAUGUGUUGAGCUUAUGAUGGUAGACUGAACUUUGAAUACAGACAUCAAGUGGAUGGAGAACUGGAUGUUUUAUUCUGGAUCUAUUCUCGUUGCCUUUGCUUUUCCAAAAGAAUGAAGUGGGAAUCAAGAAAAGUGGAGAUCUAAGAGGCUCGGCAUCGAUAUAAACACCUGGAAGACAGUGGAAUGAAAUUCUGAUGUAAACCAGGACUUCUUUACCAAUAAACGGACCCAUAGACCUAUAAGGAAACAAGACUGAAGAUGGCUUGAAAACUUUAAGGCUCAUAUGUGACAUGUUUUUGCAGUUCAUUUCAUACAGUGUAAUAAUUGACAGAGUUACAAUUUAUUGUAUAUCUGCACAAUAGUUUAUGGCUUUGCAAGAUGUAUGCGGCUUGCACAACCCCCAUCUGUUCCCUCAAUGGAGUGCUCCACUCUCACGGUCCUUCAUGCCGGAGGAUUCCACUCAUCUCUCCGGAGGGGGGAUUCAUGGAGAAGCUUUUUCUGCAAGGCUGCCUGGGAGGGGCGGUUUGAGUCCUUUGGAGUUUUACAUGCCCGUAGCUGAAUAUCUCACAGUGAGCCCUAUAAACUUUGGUCAAACUAGCCUCAGUUCAGUGCCGACGAAGCUACUGGAAAUAGACCACCUACACCCCUCGCUGCCGUCCAUCUCUCUCCCUCCACCCACACCUUGCCCCAUCUCUCCCUCCGUUCCGUUACCGUUCACGCUCUCCCACGGCACCACGACUCUCGGCUUCGCUUUUCAAGGAGGUGUGAUCGCCGCAGCCGAUACGCGCUCCAGCUGCUCGGGGCUGGUGGCCUGCCCCGCGUCCCCGAAGGUCUUACCCAUCCACUCUCACCUGGUUGGCACCACUUCCGGGACAUCGGCGGACUGCGCGCUCUGGAAGCGCAUUUUGGCUCGAGAGCUCAGGCUGUACCAGCUUCGACACCACCGCAGACUGUCGACAGGGGGCGCUGCCAAACUGCUCUCCCACAUGCUGCAUCCAUUCAAAGGCACGGAGCUGUGCGUCGCAGCCACGCUGUGUGGAUGGGAUGGGGGCGACGAAAAAUACGAACAUCCGAUCACAGAGAAAGUAAAUACCUCAACCAUUCAAAUGAGUGCCAGUGAUUCAAGCAGCCAGUUAAUAGCAAGUGUUGCCUCAGCUGCAACCAAUCAAAUGACAGCCAGCGACUCAAGCAACCAAUCAAUAGCAAGUGUUGCCUCAGCUAAAACCAAUCAAGCGACAACCAGCAAUUCAAGUGACCAAUCAACAGCAAGUGUCUCCUCAGCUUUAAUUAAUCAAAUGACAGCCAGCGACUCAAGCGGCCAAUCAACAGCAAGUGUCUCCUUAGCUUUAAUCAAUCAAAUGACAGCCAGUAACUCAAGUGGCCAAUCAGCAGCAAGUGUCUCCUCAGCUCCAACCAAUCAAAUGACAGCCAGCGAUUCAAGCGGCCAAUCAACAGCAAGUGUCUCCUCAGCUUUAAUCAAUCAAAUGACAGCCAGCGACUCAAGCGGCCAAUCAACAGCAAGUGUCUCCACAGCUUUAAUCAAUCAAAUGACAGCCAGCAACUCAAGCGGCCAAUCAACAGCAAGUGUCUCCUCAGCUUUAAUCAAUCAAAUGACAGCCAGCGACUCAAGCGGCCAAUCAACAGCAAGUGUCUCCUCAGCUUUAAUCAAUCAAAUGACAGCCAGCAACUCAAGCGGCCAAUCAACAGCAAGUGUCUCCUCAGCUUUAAUCAAUCAAAUGACAGCCAGCGACUCAAGCGGCCAAUCAACAGCAAGUGUCUCCUCAGCUUUAAUCAAUCAAAUGACAGCCGGCAACUCAAGGGGCCAAUCAAUAGCAAGUGUCUCCUCAGCUCCAACCAAUCAAACCAGCGAUUCAAGCGGCCAAUCAGCAGCAAGCGUUUCCUCAGCAUCUCAAACAGUGAUAGCUGCUACUGCUCAGCGGGUCACCAGACGUCGUUGGAGAAUGUGCGGUCCACGGGUGAUAUAUGUGUGCAGUGACGGGCUGCGCCUGCAGGGAGAGCUGUUCUCUGUGGGCUCAGGGUCUCCCUAUGCAUACUCCAUCCUGGACAGCAGUGUUUCCUGGGGAAUGAGCGUACAGGAGGCCACGGCGGUCGCGAGAGAGGCCGUGUACCGUGCCACAUACAGAGACGCGUACUCGGGCAAUAACGUAGAUGUCUACCAUGUGACCUCCAAUGGGUGGAGACGCAGAGAGAGGGAAAACUUGAAAGAGGAGUAUUACAGGGAGCGAGAGAGGGAGAGAGAGAGGGUGGCGGAGAGAAAUGCUGAAAAGAAAGCAAUUUUGAAAUCUGACGAUGGAGAAAUUGUUUGAGGAAGAGCUUAUGUUGAAAUAUGCUGAUUUUAAAAGGAUGGCGUUUUUUAUAGCAAAGUACCAAUUAAAAGGCAAGCAUGUGUUGAUAAUUCAUAGCUCUUCUCGUGAAUGAAUUAAUACCAAUGUUACAAAAAUGUAUGUAUGUAUGUAUUUUGUUUUUGGAGCCCGAAAGGAGAUGAUUAGCAUGAAUUUAUACUUUUAUAGUACUUUUUGUCAUGUGACAAGGCUCCAGACGCACGAGUUUGGAAUUUUUCAUGAAAAAAUAUUUUUUUAAUGACCCCACUUUUCUCACCACUUCAAAUUUGAUCACUUUAUAAGCCAAUUCAGAAACUAUAAUUGAGUGGAAAUGAUCAGUCAUUAUAAUAAGUACCUAGUUAUUACAUACUGAUGGAGCGUACAGUGUAUUCUUUUAAAGCUCUCUUUAUAAUAUAUUAUAAUAUUGAUAUGACACUCAAUUCUUAAACUAUUUCUAUGUCUUUCUAUAGCUUAGGUUCUGUACUGUAAUGUAGGCUAUUCAUAUCUCUUCAUAUAAAUUCAUUUUGCAAUAA